AUGACGAUGACCUGUACUAAAGCGAUUCAGGAGUGGGAAGCUCGCACAGGACAGCGCGCAGCAGAAGCUUCAGAAGUGAAAUUAAUAUGUUGGAAUCCGCCAAUCAACAAGAUGGACCAAGGACUGUCACAACUUAUUAACUGCCGCAAGUUGUCAUUAUCUACCAAUAGUAUAGAAAAAAUAAUGAAUUUGUCCAACCUGAGGAGUCUUGAAAUAUUGUCCAUAGGCAGAAAUCAGAUUAGGAAAAUAUCAGGGCUUGAUGAAGUGGGAGGGACGUUGAAGGAACUGUGGAUUUCGUACAAUUUAAUUGAAAAACUAGAUGGCUUACAAAACUGUGUGAGAUUGACUACACUUUUCGUGUCAAAUAAUAAAAUCAAGAACUGGGAAGAGAUUAAUAGACUUAAUCAACUACAGGAGCUAAAUUAAAUAUAUGUUACACUGGCCAUAAACGGAUAAACCACUAGCCGUCGCCUAUCUUGGCUUUAAAAUGUCGCCAUUUUGGAUUUCGACCUAAAGCCACCUGUCCAAGGAGCUCCCUAGGGUAGAGCGACCGUCUGUAGAGUGCUCUCGAUAGUCCUAAUGAGUGCUAGGCAAAACUAGUCAAGUCUAUCUGGCAGAGGCAGGAAACCUUUGGGAGAGAAACCAAACUUCCUUCUUCGUCAAGGACUCCCAAACCUGAAGGUCUGUCUACCUCAAAAAUGGACAGAGGCCCUAUUUUCAGCCUUAUUAGAAUUUCCUUCCUACUCCAGAGGGAAUGCGCCUCGGAAUCGUUCUUCCGUCUACUCCACCAUUCUAUUUCUACAGAAGCUAAGGAAUGUCCUUUUAUCCGGAAAUCCGAUUUAUGAUUCAUUUCAGAAUAAAGAUGAUGCGAGACCAAUGGUGAUCAAAAGAUGCCCUCAUAUAGAGGUGCUUGAUGGAGCAAUUGUAUCAGAUCAGGUUAGAAAACAAGCAGAAGAGCUGAGAGAUUAA